AUGGUGAAAUUGGGUGAUGUCCAACGAUUUACAAUGUGGUUAUGUGGUUCCAUUGCAGCAUUUGGUUGCAUUGCAACCUUGAUUGCCUAUGCCAUGUAUAAUAACAAGGAAACAGCUUAUUGUCCUGAUGACAACCAAGCUAACUGUAAAAACACUAGUUCAACUGCCAGUGAAGCAGAGAACAAAAUCCUGAAGCUUGUUUCACCUAUAUCUAUAGCUGUUGGGCUUUUGUCAAUUGUUGGAAUAAGAUGUUGGCAGCAGGCGUCAAAUGAAAGAGCAGUUCAGACAGCCGAACUACCUGGAGUUGGACAAAACAACACUGCAUACCAAGGACAUGAAAUUGAUAUUGGUGCACCUCCCUCAUACAAUGAUGCAUUAGGUAUGGAUGUCAUCUUGGAAGCUCAUGGAAGUUUUCCAUCGGAGCCACCGCCGAAGUAUGAAGAGAUUCAACGUUUUGAAGAAGAACAGUCGACUAGCAGAGAUGAAGAAGGCGGGGGCCAGUCGAAUCAAGAAAUGGAACAAAGAGGUUCACAAGACAUAUCUUCCACGGGCGAUAAUGUCUCAAUCAGAACCGAGGCAAACUUGCCACCUCAGAAUGAGGAUGAUAACGGAGAUACGCCUGAAUGUGAUAUUCCCAAUGUGGAACAAUUACCGAGAAAUAAUGAUGAAUUGAAUGAUGAGAACGGACAAAAUAUAGACUUAGGUCAGCAAAAUGAAGCUGCUGAGAUUUCAGAUAGUACUCUAGGCAUUUCCCAAGGGAGAGAAACACGUAUAUUUGUACAACAAAGGGAUAGCAAUCUAAGCGCUAAUGAACUGGACGAUUCUAAUUGUGGUUAUGCCCCAUAUCAGAACCCAUCAAGAGAAUUAAAUGUUCAACAGACAAAUAAUGGCACCAGUGCCACGUCGUUGGUUUCUGGUCAGUGCUCGAAUUCUGAAAUAGGACCAUUGUCAGUAGACGGGCGCCACUCAAGUGUGAAUUCUGAUACGACGAUAAGUCAUCUUGACAGAACAGUCUCUGAAGCUGAUUGGUCAGACAGGGAAGAAGCUCAAGAGUAUUCUGGCGUGUUCUACGUUUGAAAGGGUCAGCCCAUCGAUUCCCUGAUGUGAUGUAUCUGACGAGCCCUCGGCUAUAGAUUUUAGCGUCCAAACGUGACACAAUAUGAUGUUUUUUUGUAUUCAAUUGCAUUUAAUCACGCCACAUUUAGUCUAAGAAACACUUUUAAAAAACCUGUAAAAGGUUAUAUACUGAAAAGAUUAUUGCUUUUGGCCAGUGGUCAACAUAUUCAAAGAUUGGCUCCCCACCCCUAGAAAUGUAUCCAUCCGUGCCCUUUUCCAUGAAGAUAUCAAAAUGUUUCUAAAAGUCUUAAUCGCCAAUAAUCCAGGUAUCUUUUACCAAGUCUUUUUACCUGAACGAUGCUGUCAUUGACGACAUUAUAUGCUUUCGGUAUAUCAUGCAAGUGAGUCUUAAUAACUCCUUUUGAUUCUUGCAAAGAUUUAAUGUGCUUAGAACUAAUUACUUAUUUUUUAUAUUAGAUGACGUUUUCUAACAUCAAAAUUUAAGCCAAGAUAGGAAAAGUAACACAAACAUUUGUAGAGACAAACCUUGGUAGAAUCUGAGUAUACCCCAAGGUAAUGCCUCAAGGAUGCAGUAGUUUGCAGAUGGGCUCCCAAUGUUUACUUUUUGAUAACUUCGUAAGAAAAGAAAGAUUCAUAAUUAUAUAUUUGUGCUUAAAAGAACACUUCACGAAUACUGGAUUGUCCAUGUCACGAUACUUCGGCAAGAUCUUAAAAGCUACCUAAUUACAAAAUAUUCGAAAAUGUUACCUUUCUUUUAUGGGCCUAACAAAUAGAAGACAUUCUCUCUUCCGAAUAGAAGACAUUGUUAAAUAAUAUUUUUCGAAUUUUUUUGUUUACCGCAUUUUAAUUCAGUGUUGAAUUUUGUGUAUAAUUGAAUAUAGCAUAUUAAAAUUGUAAAUAGAUUUUUCUUCAAAGGGCUUUCUGAUAUUUAUUCGUUAUUUAUACCAGCAUUACAGAAUUAAACGACUAGAAAGCUUUUCCCGUUCAUGUGUUGUGGUUAAAGCAAUCUUUAGAUCGAAACUAUAUUUUGAAAAUGCCAAUAAACUUUCAUGCAUUUUUUGAAAUCAUUUUUUACAGAAUAGACUUUUGUUUUGUAUAAAAUUUUCUAUCUUGCCGUUUUCAGUGUAUUUAGUCUGUUAUUUUCUUUAUUAAGCAUGAGCAUAGUUUUGUACUUUUUUGUGUUUUUGGAGAAUUAGCCCCUGUUUGUAAUUUUUUCAAUGUAUAAUAUAGGAUGUAAAUUCUAUUUAAUCUUUUACAUGCAAGCAUUUUCCACACAGUUUGUCUUUCUUAUGUUGCUAUUCAAUUGUUUCUCUAUACUUCUUUCCAAGUCUUUAAUUGAAAAUUUAAAUAGAUCCACCUCAA